UUAACCCGGAAGGGACUGCCGUAACUUGGAAAUGAAAAUUAGUUACACGUUUUCUUUGCUGCUAAUCCGUUUACUCUUUAUUACAACGUUUAACUGUUUUAGCAAUGCAUCGGAUGCUGUAUCUAUUUGAUGUAGCGGGUUUCUUCGGCGGUGUUAAGACGUAAAGAAGACUGGAAACGCUCAGUCCUCUGGAAGGAGUGACUUGCGUCCUAAUAGGAGCUGUCAUUUGAACAGAAAGGCGGGCUGCUCGCGGAAGGCUUUUUGGAAAGAGCGCGACAUUCCUCCCGCGUCACAAAUCCUGCAAGCGGUGCAUCCUGAGCGACAUGAAAAUGGAGGAGCAAACGAAAAGCCUAGAGGUACAGGACGAAAACCAGCCACCUGAUGCUCCCGACCGGGGAGAUGCCGGUGUCGCCGAUAAGGCACGUGGCAAUGUCGAUGGAUCUUGUGAUAAGUCAAAAGACACAUGUACACCAGCUAGGAGCGAGUUCAGUGAUCCUGUUUAUAAAGAGAUAGCUGUGGCUAACGGCCAUAUCAACAGAAUGACUAAAGAUGAACUUCGAGCAAAGCUGGCUGAAUUAAAGCUUGAUACAAGAGGUGUGAAAGAUGUUUUGAAGAAGAGGUUGAAAAGUUACUACAAGAAACAAAAACUGAUGCAAACAGCUUUGUGUGAAAGCAGCAACAUGGACACAUAUUAUGAUUAUAUUUGUGUUGUGGACUUUGAAGCUACUUGUGAAGAGAAUAAUCCUGCUGACUACCUCCAUGAAAUUAUUGAGUUUCCCAUGGCCCUUAUAAACACCCAAACACUGGAGAUUGAAGAUGUAUUUCAGGAGUAUGUGCGACCAGAAGUUAAUACUCAGCUAUCUGAUUUCUGUAUUCAGCUAACCGGAAUCACACAGGAAACCGUGGACAAUGCUGGUACAUUUCCAGAAGUACUUGAGAAGGUAGUGCACUGGCUUAAACAGAAAGAGUUGGGAACCAAAUACAAAUAUACUUUUUUGACUGAUGGGUCUUGGGAUAUGAGUAAAUUCUUAAAUAUACAAUGUCGGAUAAGCCGAAUCAGAUAUCCUCAAUUUGCCAAAAAAUGGAUAAACAUUCGAAAAUCAUAUGGUAACUUUUACAAGGUCCCCAGAACACACACAAAGUUGACAACCAUGUUGGAGAAGUUGGGUAUGAAGUAUGAUGGAAGGCCCCACUGUGGUUUAGAUGACUCAAAAAACAUUGCUCGAAUUGCCAUCAGAAUGCUUCAGGAUGGCUGUGAACUGCGUGUGAAUGAAAAGAUGCAUACAGGGCAGCUGAUGAGUGUGCCUUCCACUGCCAGGUUAGAGGGUGCUCCGGUACCUCACCCACCCUGUCUCCGGCCCUAGCCUGUGCUCCUGAUGAGGAUGAGAUCUUGACAAGUGGUAUCAACAUUUCUUGGAAUGAACACUAAUGGGAGACCCGAAAAGAAAAACUUGAAAUAUGCAGAUGGAACUUUUCAGGUGUUGUGCUUCAUUUGUCUGCAGCAAAAAAUUAGAAUUGGUUAAGUAGCUGUUAUUUACAAAUGAUUUUUGAUUAGUUUGCAAUUCUACAAUUUUUAUUUUACUGGAUCAUGAUCUACUUGAAAUUUUAUUUUUCAGUAGCUGCUAGAAAUAUUCAGCACUGCAAUACUUUUAAGUUCACACCUCUUGUAUUUUGUGUACAGCAAGUACAUCUAGUUACAGUUAUAUAAUCAAUAAGGGGAUCCGCUUUUAAUAAAACUGUUUUAAAUUAACAGUUAUGGCAUACCUCGUUUUAAAUAGAAUUCUUGAAGUUUUUACCUUAAUGUUCCAAAUUUUGAAGAUUUCAUUUUAUAUUUGUUUGCAGAAUCAGUUAUAAAAUUUGUUGAAGUUUUUUUUUUUAUUUUUUUGAGGUUAAACAACAGUGUCUGCUAAAA